AUGUCUGGGUCUACCCCUCGCACCUCGCUGCGACAGGGCCUGCGCCAUGCUCCCAAGGUCAAUCAGCCCUUCAUCCCUGACACAACCCCUGCUCGUCGCUCGCACAUUCACCAUGGCCUCACAUCACCACAACCUCCCAGCCCACACCAAGUGAACCUUGACCCCGCCGCAAACCCUACUAGCUCGCAGUUUACAGUUGAGAGUUGGCAAGGGAAGGACCACAGGCAGCUCCCUAUGUACACAAGAGAGGUCCCAACGCCAGGCAAUCGUCCGCUCAUGUUUGCCCAUCUACGAGACCCGUCGAAAGCGCCUAAACAGCUGGAUUACUUUGACCCCUACUUCCCUCUUAGGUAUCUAGAGGUUCCGAGAACCGAUCAUAUCUAUAAACGUGCCCACUAUGGCCUGCAGUCGGGUAUCCCCGACGAAGUUGACUUUGCACUUUAUCAUCUCGUUCAGAUUUCCAAUCAACGCUGGGACAAAUUCAAAUUCGAAGGAUUCCCAUUGCUUGCUGAAACCCUGAUGCAGAAAGCACUCGAUCUCACCCAGCUUUGCACAGGUGUCAAAUGGGAAUUUCAAUACGAUCCGCAUCAGCCGACUGACCGUGUCAACGUGCUCAACUCUCUCCAUGGCACCCGGGAUAUUCUUGAUAAAAUCAGCAAAAUCCCGGUAAACCUACCCGAUGACAGCCUUGAGACAUACGAGUUCAACCAUCAACUUCGAAACAUCAAAGAGGCCACAUUGGUGUUGAGAAACAUGGUGUUGCUCAAGGAAAAUGCCUUCUAUGUGUCGCGCUAUGCAAAUGGUCUAUUGCGAGACUUUUUGGUCAUCUUAAUCAAUGCUCCGAACCAACCCCGACUCAACGAAAUCAAAAACGAUGCUCUUGACAUUGCCGAAGAAGUUACCAAAUUCCUGCGAACUGACCCCGAAGACCCGUUGUGGAUUUCCUUGGUGAAUUGCAUAGAUUCUCCAGAUCGCGCCCAUGUCGUGCGAUCUCUGUGGGCCUUGACACAUUUCGGCACUGAGCUGGAUGAUGCAGAUGCCAACCGCGCCAUGGAAACCUUGACAAAACCAACCCUCCAACAAGUGUACUAUCACACGUUGCUCGAUCUCGAUAAGGAUAUUCUGAGCGGUGCACUCGACCUCUGGUACCAAUACACCCUCAGCCAUGACAACAUCGAAACGUUGAUGGAUGUGGUGAACUUCCCAAUCGUCUUCGUUCCACGCAUGGUUGCUCUCUUGACUUACGAAGCCCGACCUACCAAAAAUGAAACAGUUCUCCAGGAAGAAAAGGUCGCACCCCCACCAACUGACAUCCCUCGAGUGCCUCCCGAGCUUUUGGAAAAGCUCUUGGAGCUGUCAGAACCGGAGCGAAGCUCUCAGUGGCUGCGUUGCUGUUUCAUCGAGGAUCCAGAUUGCGAAAUCACACAAAUUGCUUUAUGGCAAGCCUACCAAAGCCGAUUCGCAGAUCCCCGUGUCGCUGGAGGAGGUGUACUUCCUGCUGCGGAAUUUAUCAAGAACGUAAGCAAUACGUUCACAAAUGCGCAAGCGCAGGUCAUCAACGGGCCCGGUGCUGCCACUAAAUUCAUCAUCAAGGGCAUCCGGCCUUUAGAGACUGCCCACACCUUCGAGGGCUUCCCUUAUCUGUACUGCCGAUGGGCAGACCACUCAAAGCCCUCGAAGAUGUGCCAACGUGGAUUCACCUCCCCAACCGACCUACGGGAUCACGUUUUCGGCGAUCACAUGAACCUAGAGCCCACAGACACGCCUGGGCAAUACAAAUUGGAUAGUGCAGAGACUCCAAUUCACACCUGUCAGUGGGACCACUGUCAACGCUUCCGAGCUUCCGGCGCCAGCGCCAACACGUCCAUGGUCGCCGGGCAUGUUUCUUCACAUCUGCCUGAAGAUCGUCCCGCAGACGCACAACCUACCACCGCCAAGCGUGCAGUUCUACAAGAAAGAAUCGUGCGUAAAUGGUACUAUAUGGACACCCCGACCAACGAGAAGGGAGAGCCAAUCGGCGUGGCCUACAAGGCCGCAUUGGUUUUGCGCAACAUCGCUCGCGGCCUUCCAAACCGCACUACAUCCAAGUACGGUGGCCUUCCCUGGAAGAAGGCCUGCUUCACCAGCCAACGGCCUAAGAUCGUAGAGGUCUGGGACCGCAACCGUGCCCUACGCAAGGAGCUGACUGAGUUGAUUAUGGUAAUCGAGAAAGAGGUCGACUACUGA